CACGGAGUGAGGAUAUCCCGAGCCGUAAUUUUGUAACGAGCGAUUGCAAUCCAGUCCGAUGAUAUUCGUCGUAUGUAUGCGGGCUGUCAGGUUGAUCUGGUUACGAAAUGAGUCAAAAGCUCGCUUUUGACGUGGUUUAAAUGUCAGUGGUGCUUCCAGUUCAUGCAACAUUCCUGGAUCAUUAACCAGAACAGCAGCUUCAGGUCGGAACGGGACAGAGUUUCGACGGACAGCUUUUGUUAAACCAGGGCUUGGAUUUAAAGGAAUCUCAAAAAGCUGGUGGUGGAAGACUAAAGGAAGCACAUGAGUCCAAAUCAUCUGGGAUGGAUGGAGUUUCACCGUGCAUAGAGGGAAUGACACGAUCUGCCACCCUGGAUUAACACGGACUACUAUUAACCCAUUGCUUGGGUUUGUAACCCACGGAUGAAUGUGGCAAACUCUUUUGGGCAGGAUGUUGACACCAUGAAGGAUCGGGAAUAUUAACUAUUUUAUUAUCAGGAAUAUUUCUGCCUACAUGCUCAUCGCUUGCAGUGCAGAAUGGCAUCGACCGAGAGACUGUAUGAGAUUUGGAUGCUGUACUGCAAUAAGAAGGACCCAGACUACCUGAAACUCUGGUUGGAGGUCUUCAUCGGUUCCUAUGAGAGAUGUCUUGAUGUGGAUUUUGAGAAACCACCCACCAGGUUGGAGGAGACACCGCCAGUCAUGUCGCUGCUACCAGACAACAUCCUGCAGGUCCUGCGUCUGCAGCUGCUUCAGUGUGUGCAGAAAGCGUCUGAAGGGCUGGAGCCAGAGCAGCAGACACUAGCUCUACUGCUGCUCAAGUUCCUCAUUGUCAUCUGCAGGAACUUGUCAAACGUGGAAGAGAUCGGCACCUGUUCCUAUAUCAACCACAUCAUCACCAUGACAACACUGUACAUCCAACAGCUGAAAAGUAAGACGAAAGAGAAGGAACUGGUUGAUCAGACACAAGCCGAGGAGUUUGUCCGUCUCGCUUUGGCCUUCUGUGAGAGUCUUUAUGAUCCUUAUCACAACUGGAGGCAUCACAUUCAUGGGCAUCAGCUCAGUACUGUGGAGCGAAGCAGACAGAAAUUUAAAGCAGCACCACUCACUGUAGAGUUUGUGCCAUUCUUCUACCAGUGUUUUCAGGAAAGUGAGCACCUGAAGGACAGCCUUAAAUGUUGCCUUUUGCACCUGUUUGGAGCCAUCAUCGCUGGUGAACAGCAUAACGCUCUGUUGGCCAUCUCCCCUGCGACAAUGGAGGUGCUGCUGGGAGUGUUAGGUGGAGGUGAGUGUUUGACCGGAAGUGGAGAUGGAGAGGACUGGGACAGUGAAGCUCCGGACAGGAAGGCUCUAUUGACGCUGGGCUGUUUGAGAGAGGUGGUGCACAGACUGCUUGCCAGCAGCUCCGACCAAAGACAGGUGGAGAUCAGCUCCGUGCUGGAGAGCUACUUUAAACUGCUCAACUCCGACCCUGCCGCCACCGCACAGGUCAAAGGUCGCCCAUCCCCGCCCCGUUCGCGGCAUUGGGAAAGCCGGUUUGUGUCGCUACAAGUGAACAUGCUAGAAACCAUCCAGGAUAUGUUCGAGUGUACGGACAGACCCGUUUUGCAGGCCAUUUUCCUCAACAGUAACUGCUUUGAACACCUCACACGCCUUCUGCAGAAUAGUAAGCUGGUUAAUGCUAGGUGCACAGCAGCAGACAAGGACCAGAAAGAUUUAACCAACAGAUUACUUACUGGAGAGAGUGAUAUUCAGGUGUUCCAAGGGAGGCUUGACUCUCUUGCCGUGGCAACCAUCAAAACUCUCACCACGGUGAUGCAUAAGUCACCUGCUGCAAAGGAAGUGUUUAAGGAGCGGAUUGGCUACACUCACCUGUUUGAGGUGCUGGUUUCACUUGGUCAACCGUCAAGACACCUGCUGAAGGAACUCAUGAAUAUGGCCAUUGAAGGUGAACAUUCCUCCGUUGGUCUCCUGGGCAUCAGUAAUGUGGAUCCUCUCCUGCUGUUGAUCCAGUGGCUCCCAGAGCUGGACUCUGCCGAGCUGCAGAUCUACGCUGCCGAUUGGCUCCGUCGCAUCUGCGGUUUGAACCGGCGGACAAGAGCAACCUGCGUUAACUCCUACAUGACCCUGAGAGUUCUGUCGACUCUGGAGAGGCACGACCGGCUGCACCGGGCCUGUGCCGAGAGUCUGGUGGGGUUAUUGGGUUCAUUGGGCAGCCAGUCCUUGAGUUCAGCCGAACUCCAGCAUCUACUGAGACUACUGCGGCAAGACGAGCCGGGUCACGCUCACCCUUAUGUGGGCCCGGUACUGCGUUCGCUCCUCGGCAUGGUGCGCAAACAGGGCCUAGAGAGUGCCACACAGUAUUUUGAUCUGUCUCCGCCCAUGGCAGGCAUUGCCGUGCCGACCAUACUUCGUUGGCCAGGCUCUGCCUUCAGCUUCUUUGCUUGGCUGUCACUGGACCAAGAUCAGCUGGGCCUGCCCAGUAAAGGAGAGAAGAGGAAACAGUUGUAUAGUUUUUUCACCCCGGGUGGCACCGGGUUUGAGGCAUUCAUCAGUUCAGCUGGACUGCUUGUGGUUGCUGUGUGCACCAAGAAAGAAUACGUCACCGUAAUGCUGCCUGACUACUGCUUCUGUGAUUCACUGUGGCACAGCAUUGGUGUUGUUCACGUGCCAGGAAAGAGACCGUUUGGCCAGAGUCUGGUCUAUAUUUAUGUGGAUGGACAGCAGAAAUUAUCAGCACCUCUAAAAUAUCCAACCAUGACUGAGGCCUUCACGUCAUGCUGCAUCGGAUCAGCGGGUCACCGCACCACGACCCCUCCCCCUUCUCAAAUCCCAGAUCCUCCGUUCUCUGGGGGUAAUCCAUCCGGCCGCUCGUCUUUCGGUGGGAUCCUCCCGGGUUGGGGUGGGCUGCUCGGGACUAAGCCUGAGUCCGUCACCAAACUCAUUUCCGCCGGGACACAAGACAGCGAGUGGGGCAGCCCAACCUCUCUGCAGGGGCAGCUAGGGAGUGUCAUGGUCUUUCAUGAGGCCCUCCAAGCCACUCAUGUGAAAUCCUUCUGCAGCGCAGGACCAAAUUGUAUUUCCCCCUUUAAAAGCCAAGAGGCUGAACUCGGAGACUUGGCAACCAAACUACUUCUACACUAUUCACCAAAGGCAUGUAGGAACCCAAUCUGUCUGGACUUGUCCCCCAAUCUGCUGCAUGGUCGCCUGACAGGAAAUAAAGUGGUCAACUGGGAUAUUAAAGAUAUGAUAAACUGUGUAGGAGGACUUCCUGUGUUGCUUCCAAUCUUAGAACAGUUGACGUUGUUAACGCCCGAGUUACAUCACAUCGACCACUCUGGGUCAGAGUACAUCACCCCUGACCCUGCCACGUCCGCUGAUGGAGACUGGGUCAUACUCCCAUCAAACAGAUCGUCAGAAGCCAGACUGGAGAAGAAUCUCGUGGCGACAUUCUUGCUGGUUAUCAAACAUUUCCUGCAGAGGCAUCUGAUAAACCAGGAUACCCUUCUGCACUCUCAUGGUGUGGCCACAUUAGGAGCUCUCCUUCAGAAGUUGCCCGCAUUUCUGGUGGACGUAAGCGUGUUAGUGGCUGUCCAGUUGUUGAUUGAGCAGGUGACGUAUGAGAAGAACUCACAGCUCCUGCAGCAGCUGCACACUCACCUGCUUUUCAACUUCGGCAUCUGGAACCAAGGAGACUUCCCCCUGCGCAUUGGUCACAUCCAGUACAUGUCCACAGUCAUCAAAGACAGCAGGAAGCAGUUCCGCAAGAAAUACGGUGUUCAGUUCCUGCUGGAUACCAUUCGCCUGUACUACGGUUCUGGAAGUAAAGAGAGGGAUUUGAGUGAAGAUGAUGUUAAGACAAUCCGAGCAUCUCUAAGUGGCCUUCUCAAGUAUUACAUCAGCAAGGGCACCACCCAUGAAGAGAUACAGAGUAUUAUGGGAUACAUCGCUGCCAUUGGAGACGAAGAACAGCUGUGCGGGAUAAUGGAGCUGCUGUUGACUCUACUGCAGACGAGCGUGGCCCGGGAUCAACUCUUCCUGCUGCUGUUUGAACCGGGAGUGGCCGACUCCUGCUACGCUCUGCUGCUCAACAACAAAUACACCGACCGCCUCCGAGAGCUCGUCUUCAAGUUGUUUGAGCAAAUGCUGAAAUGUGAUCGUGUGUAUGAGAAGAGUAAGCAGAGGUUGCGUCUGAGAGAUGUGGGUUACUCUGGACUCGGUCUGCUGUUCUCAGACCUGCACCUCACCUCCACCCUCAUCAAGUGCCUUCUACAGCAAGUGCUGUCCACAGAUACUGUUGUGAACUAUAAAGAUCUGAUGGCUGUAGUUCAGCUGGCACAUAAAGCCAGUCCCAGUGUACGCCUGACCAUGUGUAAGAGGCUGUAUACGCUGUUGCAGUGUCAGCAGGAAGCAGCACGGCAGAUCUCCAGGCAGAUGUGUUGGCAGGACACUCUGAUGCGUCUGUUUGUCCGGAGCCCCGGGAGCGACGGAGGUUCCAGUUCAGGCCGUGCCGGUGACUCAGCCAGUCUUGGGAGUUUCGAACUGAGUCGCGGCAGCGUUGGAAACCAUCUCGAGCCGCCUCUGGAGCGCAGAGCUCUCAGUGACUGCGUGGGGAGACAGAAUGUAGAGCGAGACAGUGUGUCCAUAGACAGUCUCGAUAAUGCAGACCUGAUGUCCCUGUCCGACACACAGGGGGAAGCGCAGACAACCAAAGCAUGGGCCGGGAAAGCAGGGGUCUUGAGUUUGGACCUAUCCCAGGUGCAUAUCUUCGAUCACGGAGACAGCGGCAGUCAGACUCCUGGGAGCAUGCCCAGCACCCCAUCUCCUCUGGAGAACGCCAAACCUUUCCCUGGAACUUCCUCUCUGAAUGAUGACAGCUUCCUCUUCAGUGAUAAUGUGUCACUGGGAGAGUCUUUUAACAGUGAGCGUACGGCGGAGGAACUGUCGCAUCUGCUGUUGGACAUCAUGUUGUGUGUAAUGUGGAGGGGCGUGGAGGGCUCCGAUGAUGCCGCCUGGCUGGAGAGGGGACAGGUGUUCUCCGCCCUCACUAAAAUGGGCACUGCCAAUGAGCUGCUGUUGCCUGCCGACCACAUCAAACUCAGUCUAAUGGAGCGGAUGUUGGAAUGUGCGGUGACAGACAACAGAGAGGCGACGGCCGCCACGUUACCUCAGCAUACGGAGAACGCUGUGCGCCUUCUUCACAUAGUUCAGGACUUCCUGCAGGCCGAGGGUCUGGUGAAUCCAGCCCUGUGGACUGAGAAGGUUCUGGAGGAUACAGUGUCUCUGAUGGACGGGCUGAUGGUGUGGUACGCCUCAGGGACUCAGUGGCUUCAGCUGUCUCAGGUGGGGCUUCGGCUGCUGCUUGGCUUCAUGGCGCAAGAAGAUCCACAGGUGUGUGCCUUGGCGACGGCCAAGCUGAAUGGCAUCUUGCAGAUGAAGACAGUGGAUUCUCAAGAUGAGGCGUGUUAUCUUCUUGGUCGUGUGGAGGGAAUCCUCAGGCGAUCUGUGAGCGAGGAGCGGAUGGAGGAGACAUACUCGUUUUUAGUGCCUCUACUCCGGACCCUCCUGUCUAAAGUUAAUAAACUCUUGUACAUGGAGCUGCACCUCCCUUCACUUCCAGACACCAACGGAAGCCCCUCCUUCUUUGAAGACUUCCAGCUGUACUGCAGCUCGCCAGAGUGGAGGGUCUACCUCGACAAAUACAUCAUCCCGUAUAUGAAGCAGUAUGAGAUCGAGACGUUCAGUCAGGGACAUGAAAACAUGGCGCUGUACUGGAAGGACUGUUACGAAGCCUUCAUGCUCAAUCUAAAGCGCAGAGACCGAGAGAGAGGAGAGAGCAAGAUACGAUUUCAGGAGCAGUUUGUAGAGCCAUUCAGUCGUCGUGGGCGACAGGAAAACUUGAGGUACAACAGCAUGCUGAAACAAAUCCAUACUCAGAACAGCGCCUUCCUCAGGCAGUGGAGAGCAGCGCGCAGAGGACUCUUCUGUGAAAGAGGACCAUGGGUGGACAAGCAGCAGAAGGACAUACACUGGAAGCUUUCUAGUGCUGAGAACUACUCAUGUAUGCGUUUGAAACUAGUGAGGAAUUACAACUUUGACCCUCAUACAGAAGCCAGCGCCCUGAGAGACAAUCUGGGUGUGCAGCACCAGCAGGUAAACACGGAGUCGCUGUUGUUAGAGGCUGUGAAACAGGUGAAGGUCAGUGACUUUGAGGAUGACAUCCUGGAACUCCUAGAGGAGGACCCUACAUCAGCCAAUCAGGCUGAUUCUGAGGAGGCAAGUCAAAAGGAGAAGUUGGUGAUCUCAGAGGACUGUGAGCUGGUCACGGUGGUGGACGUGUUUCCUGGACGUCUUGAGCUCACCACACAACACAUCUACUUCUACGACAGCAGCACAGAGAAAGAGGAGGGUGUUGGUCAGGACUUCAAAUGGCCUCUAUCUCUAAUCAGAGAGAUCCACCUGCGCAGAUAUAACCUCCGUCGCUCGGCUUUGGAGAUCUUCCUCAUUGAUCAGACAAACUACUUCCUCAACUUCAAAAAGGAGGUGCGUAAUAAAGUAUACAGUCGGAUGCUGCAGCUGCGAUCUCUCUCUUUGCAUGACACACGCUCACCUCAAGAACUCCUCAUAGCCUCUGGACUCACACAGAAAUGGGUGAACCGUGAAAUCUCGAAUUUCAACUACCUGAUGCAGUUGAACAAAAUUGCGGGCAGGACAUAUAAUGAUCUGGCUCAGUAUCCUGUGUUUCCCUGGAUCCUGUGUGAUUAUACGUCGGAAGAGCUGGAUCUGUCCGAUCCGCGAGUGUUCAGAGAUCUCUCCAAACCAGUGGCUGUACUGAAUGAGAGGAACGCCAAAGCUGUUCGGGAAAAAUAUGAGAGUUUUGAAGACCCCACCGGAACCAUCGACCGUUUCCACUAUGGCACUCACUACUCAAAUGCCGCUGGAGUUAUGCAUUACCUCAUCAGAGUCGAACCCUUCACAUCCCUGCACAUCCAACUACAGAGCAGAAGGUUUGACUGUGCUGACCGUCAGUUUCACUCCAUUCCGGCUACCUGGCAGACCCUCAUGGACAACCCCAAUGACGUCAAAGAGCUCAUCCCAGAAUUCUUCUACUUCCCAGAGUUCCUGGAAAACCAGAACGGAUUUGACCUGGGUCGUCUGCAGCUUUCUAAAGAGAGGGUAAAUGAUGUCAUCCUGCCAAAAUGGGCCAAAUCCCCUGAGGAUUUCAUCUACAAGCACCGCAAAGCCCUGGAGUCCGAGUAUGUGUCCGCCCAUCUGCAUGAAUGGAUUGAUCUGAUCUUCGGUUAUAAACAGAGGGGCCCAGCGGCAGUGGAGGCCCUUAAUGUCUUCUAUUACUGCACAUAUGAAGGGGCUGUUGAUCUGGACGCUAUCACAGAUGAGAAGGAAAGGAAAGCUCUAGAAGGAAUGAUCAGUAACUUUGGACAAACGCCUUGCCAGUUACUGAAGGAGCCUCAUCCCGUGCGUCUCUCUCUGGAGGAGCUGGAGAAAAGGAGAUCUCGUCUGGACUCGUGUCCUCUCAACAUCUUCGAGCACCUCACUGAACUCAAAUUAUUCUUUGUUGAGGGCAUCAGUGACAAUGUUCCUCUGGUUAAAGCCAUCGUCCCCAAGAACCAAUCACAUUCAUUUAUCUCACAAGGAAGUCCAGAUACUCUGGUUACGCUGAGCCAAAACUGCCUGAUGGGAACUCAUGGCUGGCUGCCGUACGAUAAGACCAUAUCCAACUAUUUCACCUUCAUCAAAGACCCCACUGUAGCCAGUCAAAAGACUCAGAGGUUUCUGGCAGGGCCGUUCUCUCCAGGUGUUGAAGUCACAGCUCAGCUAUUUGUCGUGUCACAUGACGGGAAGUUGCUUUUUAGUGGAGGCCACUGGGACAACAGCCUGAGAGUAACAUCAAUGGUCAAGGGCAAAACUGUGGGGCAGCACAUCCGCCACAUGGACAUCAUAACAUGCCUGGCCACAGAUCACUUCGGGAUUCACCUGAUCUCUGGCUCUAGAGACACCACCUGUAUGGUGUGGCAGGUGCUACAACAGGGCGGUGCUCCGGUGGGUCUGUCCUCUAAACCAGUGCAGGUGUUGUAUGGACACACAGAUGAGGUUGUGAGUGUGUCAAUAAGUACAGAACUGGACAUGGCAGUUUCUGGAUCUCGGGAUGGAACUGUGAUCAUCCACACCGUUAGGAGGGGUCAGUACAUGCGCUCACUUCGGCCUCCUUGUGAAAGCUCUCUACCCGUCUCCAUCACGCACCUCGCUGUAUCCUGGGAGGGACAUCUAGUGGUGCACACCUGCAUAGAGGGCAAAGCCACACUAAAGGAUAAGAACGCUCUGCACUUGUACUCUGUGAAUGGGAAACACCUGUGCAGUGCUGCUCUGAAGGAGCAGGUAACAGACAUGUGUGUUUCCGGAGAGUAUGUCGUCAUCGGCAGUGAGCAAGGUUUCCUCUCGGUCAGAGAUUUGUACAGCUUGACUCUGUGCGUGUCGCCGAUGGCAAUGCGAGUGGCUAUCCGCUGUGUGUCUGUGACUAAGGAACAAUCUCACAUGCUGGUGGGACUCGAUGAUGGCAAGCUAAUCGUGGUGGGCGUCGGCAAACCAGCGGAGAUGCGUUCUGGCCAGAUUACGAGGAAACUCUGGGGCUCCAGUAAGCGUCUCACCCAGAUCUCGUCUGGAGAAACAGAGUAUCACACCCAAGACCAGCCCUAACCCUGCACCCUAAAUCACAGCCCUCCUGUUUGAUUGUUCCACUGCCCUGUCCAUCACCACUCUUGUCUCCCAAAAUCAUUGUUUCAGUUUGGAGAAUGGCUCUUCUUUUGCUGAAACAAUAUGAAGGAAUUUUUGGAGUACAAAUAGCACCUGUAUGCAAAUCUUUGUGCGUGUGUGUUGUUUGUUGUAUGUAUUGAAUAUAGACCUGUAGUUGGACUGGUGCAGGCACCAUCUAACUAUACGUGUCAGAAUUCUGUGAUGUUAACCGUGUCCCAAACCCACCCUCUCUGUCUCUUUCUGCCACGCCCCUUUAGACUGUUAUCAUGCCACCUGCAUCACACAGUCAUCUUUAUCACAACAUCUUGUUUUGGAAACCAUGUCUUUGUUUGCAUAUGCUUUGUGUUUUCAAUGUAUGUUUCCAUUCAUUCCUUUGCUUUCAGUGGCCUUGUCAUAUUUUAUGACUUUCAUAGCUUAUCUUGCGUAACGUCGAUGAUUGUUUUUUAAAUGUUGAAUAACUAGAGACACACAUGCUUUAUUUAUUUAUGUGCUAGGCACAGACAACAUGUAAAUGACAAUUAAAACCAUUUUAAUUCUCACAGUACAAACACAGACACUUUAAUUAAACGGUUCCAAUAGAUUAAUGCAUUCAGUGCUAUAUUUUAUUACAAAUCUGCCGUUUGUGGGUUUUAAACGCUUGCUUUUUUUGUCUCGAUGUUGAAUGUGUUAAUUUUUUACUUGAAUUUUGGUGUAGUUAUUAUUUAAAUGAAGAAUGAAAGAUAAUUUUUUUUUUUUUUUAUGUUGUGGAUGUAAAUGUAGCCACAGUUUUAUAAACUGUUCUAUUGUUCGAUUUGUGGGUGAAUCUCACAAAAACUCUCUUGGUCAUAUAUCACUCCCAGAAGUAUACUUUUAGGAUUUUUAAGAUUACAUUGUGAAAUUAUUUUAAUGAGAAUGAAGCAAUAUUUGCAUAAUUUUGGCAUUUGUUAUUAUUGUUCAGCAAAAAGAAAAUAAUAUAUAUAUAUAUUUUUUAUUUAAUUAAUUUAAAAAAAUCAUUGUACUGCAGUAUUUACUGUAUUAUAGGAAAAGACUAAAGUAAAAAAUACUGUAACACAAUGUUUUUUUUUAUUUAAAUCAAUAUAAAACAGUAAAAGAUUUACAGUAAUGAUAAUCACCAUUAAGAAUAAUGAGAACUACGAGCAAAACUUUCAUAUAAACGUGAUCAUAUUUCAAUUGAUUUUGGGCUGAUUUUGGCGAAACCAAAUAAUCUUUUUUUUUAUUUGAAAUAUUUUGUAUAAUUGAAAUGUUAAAUCUUGCAAUUUUGACCUUAUGUAGUAUAGCUAUUUUUACUUUAUUUCUGGUACUUUCGACUUUGUAUCUCACAAGUUCAACUUUAUUUCUCGCAAUUGUGAAAAAUUGGAAAUUGUGAGAUACAAUGUCGAAACUGCGAGAAUUCAAAAUUGCGAUUUAUAAACUCAAAAUUGAAAGAUUUGAGGUUGCAAUUGUAAGAUAUAAAGUUGCAAAUGCAUAAUAAAAACUUCAGUUUGUGAGGUAAUAGCAAGUUUAUAUCACACAAUAGCAAAAACAAAAAAUUGUGAGAUUUUAAGUCAUAGUUCUAUUAUUUUUUAUUUCCGUGGCAGUAUCUGGCUUCCAUAGAAAUGUGACCUGGCUAUUCUUUUUUGUGAGAGUCACCCUCAUAGAUAUGUUGUUCAAACAUCUACGGUAACUUUUUAUUUUAUAAAUUUACAACUACAGAGUGGGAAAAGUUUUGAAGGGCUCAGUGUGAAAUACAGUAAGCAAUACAGUUUGUCCCUCAGAUUUCGGUUAUUGAAUCAUUCCACUGUAAUGCACUGGCUUAUUGAUACUCCACAGUCUUCCUAGUUUCCAAACAGAGCACUACAUAGGGGAGGGGUACUUGUGUACUACGGGAUCAGCUAGAACCAAUGUUUUAUAAUUCGUUAUUAGGGUGACAUGCUGUUUCCUGUGUUCCUUCCUCUUUGAUAUUUUAAGCCAUGCAGUCUUUGUUUACUAUGCAGGUAAACUUCCAGACCUUCUAGAGAAUUCACACUUACUGACUGAUGCUUGAAUUCUUGCUCCUCCAUAUGUAGUUUUUUUCUUCACCGUAGAUUAAAAAAGUGUGUGUGUGUGUGUGUGAGAAUGUAUUUAAAUGUUUGUCUGUAUCUCGAUUUUGUUGGCGAGGUUGCGUUUAAAGGACUAGUUCACCCGUAAAUGGAAAUAGAAAUUUUGUGGGUAAAUUAUGAUUUUUUUUUUUAUUAUGAUUUUAUUAUUUUUUUCUCGUUUUUGGGUACACUAAUUUCAUUCCUUUACUAAAGGACUGAGCAUUGUUUAUUGUUUUUUUUUUAGUUCAAUGAUAUGAAGUUUGUUAUUAAUGAAGAUUCUUAUACCAAAUUCCACAUAUCUUGAUCAGGACGGAUGUUCAUUUUGUUUGGUGUGUAUUUUAUGUUCUUUCAUAAAUGUGCUUUAGUAUGCAAUGGUGCUGACCUCUGAAGUUUAGGAUUGAAGUCAGAAUUGGGAUGGGGUGUGUUCUGGAGUUAUAAUUGUUUUGUUUUGUCACAAAGUGCUCCCUACAUCCCUGAUUGCUAUGGAAAUUAUACCAAGAGACCUAAAUCAACGUUUUUGUUAAUUCUAUUUUUUAAUUCCCACAACCUCUGGAUGCUUUUUUUUUUUUUUUUUUACUGGAUAUCCCAAACAUGGGUGUUUCUUUUCAGAUCUGGAUGUAUGUGGUUCUUCCUCUAAUUAAAUGAAUGGAGUGCCUUUUUAUUCUCUGCCGACAUGCAAAUUAGACUCCUUGGUUCAAACUCUAUAGCGUGACCUUUCAUGACCCCUCGUGGACAGACAUGUUUUCCGCGGGAACCAGACACAAUUUAGCAGUGACCUGUGACAUACUGAGCUGCUUUACUUUAGUUACUAAUGAAUGUGUGUGUAAAUCUGUGCUUAUUUAUGAAUCCAGUAUGAAAUGUACAGCAUGAAUUUUAUUUGUGUCCAUGAAUUGCUUUUUUGCUCUUUCCAGGUAGCCUACAAUAAAUUGUAAGAGAUUGUUUUAAAUGUCUUCUUUAUCUGUACAGAGAAACUGCUUUGUAUACGUGAAGAUUUAUCAUUAAAGCCCUGUUGAAAAUU